AUGGAUAAGGAUGGACAAAGGCGCAGAUGGGGAUACUGGUGGACUGCUUUGUGUUUGCUGAUGGGUUGUGAUCAGCCUGUUUCAGCACAGAUCAGAUAUUCUGUUCCGGAGGAGGUCAAAGAGGGAUCGCAAGUGGGAAAUAUCGCUAAGGAUCUCGGUCUCGAUGUCGGUGUGUUAGAGCACAGACGGUUUCGUGUCGUUUCUGGAUCUAAGGACGGUUUUUUCGAGGUAAACCAAAACAAUGGCAUCUUGUACAUUAAUAAGAAAAUCGACCGAGAGGAGAUUUGUGAUGGGAAUGGCGCGUGCUUGUUAAACUUAAAGAUUGCGGUUGAAAAUCCACUCGAAGUUCAUUACGUCGAGGUCGAAAUAACAGACGUUAACGAUCACUUCCCAUCUUUUCCAGAAAAAGACUUGCAAAUUAAAAUAGCGGAAAGCACUUUGAAGGGAACUCGCUUUGGUCUUCCAACCGCUAGAGAUUUAGACGUUGGCGUUAAUUCUGUUCGUUUCUAUCGGCUCGGACAAAACGACCAUUUUGAAAUAGAGGUAAGGGACAGUGAAUACAGAGAAAAAAGUCCUUUUCUGCUUUUACAAAAACCUUUAGACAGGGAGAGUCAAGACAAACACAUCUUAUCUUUGACUGCCAUCGAUGGUGGAAAUCCACCAAAAUCAGGCAUCUUAAAUAUAACUAUCACCGUCCUCGAUGUUAACGACAACCGUCCAGUAUGCAACAGAGAUACAUACACUAUUAUGUUAAAUGAGAACGCUUCUCCUGGUUUUACUGUAACAUUUGUUAAUGCAACUGACCCAGACGAGGGCGUUAAUGGAGAAGUUGAAUAUACUUACGGUAGAAACGUGCAGAGAAAAGUACAUGAUAUAUUUGAGUUGGAUAAAGUGACAGGUGAGAUACGUGUCAAAGGCAAAAUCGAUUUUGAAGAGAAUGAAAUUUUUAGUCUGAACAUAAUGGCUUCUGAUAAGGGACUACCUCCAAUGGAUACCGACUGCCGAGUUAUAAUUAAAAUUAUUGAUCUUAAUGAUAAUGAACCUGAGAUUGAAGUCACAUCGCUUUCUAACAUUGUUUCUGAAGACUCAAAACCCGGGACAGUCAUUUCUCUAAUUAGCAUAACAGACAAAGACUCAGGGAUUAAUGGUAAAGUCGUUUGCAGCUUGUCAAAAAAUAUACCUUUUGAGUUGAAACCAUAUGUUCAGCAGAACAUGUAUUCUCUUGUAACCAAAGAGAAUUUAGAUCGAGAAAUCGCGUCGCAUUAUGACAUCACAGUAACAGCUACUGAUUUAGGAAACCCAGCUCUUUCAUCUUCAAAAUCUCUGAGCAUAGAGGUGUCCGAUGUUAACGAUAAUACACCGCAAUUCCCCCACAGCCCUCUUGAGAUUUACCUGUUUGAAAAUAAUCCACCCGGACAGUCUAUAUUUUCUGUGAGCGCCACUGAUAAAGAUAAAAAUGAAAAUGCUCAUGUAACAUAUCAUAUUAUAAGAGGCGAUCAGACACAGAGCGACAUGACUUUAUUCCUUAACAUCAAUUCUGAGACAGGCGUAAUUAGUGCUCUGAAAAGUUUUGACUUUGAGUCUGUUAAAAAGUUCCAGUUCCACGUCCUCGCCACAGACUCUGGAGCUCCGUCUCUGAGCAGUAACGUGACAGUGAACGUGUUCAUUCUGGAUCAGAACGACAACGUUCCAGUGAUCUUCUAUCCAGUCAGCGCUAACGGUUCUGCUGAGGGUGUGGAAGAGAUUCCUCGUAAUGUGAACGCAGGUCAUUUGGUGACUAAAGUCAGAGCCUAUGACGCAGAUAUAGGAUACAACGGCUGGUUAUUAUUUUCACUGCAGGAAGUUAGUGAGCACAGUCUCUUUGGUUUGGACCGCUAUACAGGACAGAUAAGGACCCUUCGCUCGUUCACAGAAACAGACGAGGCCCAGCAUAAACUGAUCAUACUGGUCAAAGACAAUGGGAACGUUUCUCUCUCAGCAACAGCGACUGUGAUUGUCAAAGUUGUGGAGCCCAAAGAGGCUUUUGCAGCUUCUGACGUGAAAAACGCAGUAAAAGACGAGGAGGAAAACAACGUGACAUUUUAUUUGAUCCUCACUUUGGGCUCGGUUUCGGUGCUUUUUGUCAUCAGCAUCAUCGUGUUGAUUGUAAUGCAGUGCUCUAAAUCCACAGACUAUUCGUCCAAGUAUUUACAGGAUACAAAUUACGACGGGACUCUGUGUCACAGCAUCCAGUACAGAUCUGGAGACAAACGAAGAACGGUUUGGGCGCAAAUACGGUACUCGAUCUCGGAGGAGCAGAAGGACGGGGUUGCUGUGGGAAAUAUCGCGAAGGAUUUAGGUAUUGAUCACAGAACACUGAAGGAAAGAGGAUUUCGCAUCGUGUCGACCUCAGGCGAGUCCAUGUUCAGUUUGAAUCAGAAUGACGGCGUCCUUUAUGUGAACGGUAAACUAGACAGAGAGGAGGUGUGCGAGAGAAGCGCUCCGUGUUUAAUCAACCUGAAAAUCGCUCUAGAAAACCCGCUGGAAAUUCACUAUGUCAUUGUAGAGAUACUAGAUGUGAACGAUCACAGCCCACGGUUUCCUGAGUCUGAAAAGCGGCUAGAAAUCGGGGAAUCUGUUCUGCCAGGCGCGCGAUAUCCUCUACAGGCAGCGCGUGAUCCUGAUAGUGGAAGUAAUUCGGUUCAGACAUACAAACUCAGUCAUAACGAGCAUUUCCGUCUUGAGAUUAAAGACAGAGAAAAUGUUAAAAUUCCUAUUUUGAUUUUGCACAAGUCUCUUGACAGGGAAGUGACGAAAAACAUCAAAUUAGUAUUAACUGCUUUAGAUGGAGGGAGACCUCCUAAGUCUGGCUCAGUAGAAAUAUUUAUUGAUGUGCUGGAUAUUAAUGAUAAUGUGCCUGUAUUCACAAAAGAAACUUACACUGUUGUACUGAAUGAAAACGCAGCCGUGGGCACAACAGUUGUGCAGGUCAAUGCCACUGAUUUGGACGAGGGUCAAAAUGGAGAAGUAGUUUAUGCAUUGGGAAAUAAUGUUGAUGAUAAUUUACGUGAACUUUUUCAAGUUAAUUCACUCACUGGAGAAAUUAUUGUGAAUGGCCUUUUAGAUUUUGAGGUAAAAGAUAUAUAUGAAAUUGAUAUUCAGGCGUCUGACAAAGGAACUGUUCCUCUUGCGACGGAUAAAAGUGUAAUCAUAAAAAUAGUUGAUGUAAAUGAUAAUGCACCGGAAAUAGAGGUGACAUCAUUUUCAAGCGCCAUUCCAGAAGAUUCUAGACCUGGGACUACAGUGGCUUUGAUUAGCAUCACUGAUUUAGACUCUGGACUCAAUGGAAAAAUCUCCUGUUCAAUAUCUGAUGAUAUACCUUUUAAACUAAUGCCGUCAUCACACGAUAAUAUUUAUUCUUUAGUUACUUCUGGAUCACUAGACAGAGAAACCACGAUUCAGUAUGACAUCACAUUAAGUGCAAAAGAUAUGGGACAACCAUCACUGUCUUCAGUUAAAUCUAUAACUGUUCUGAUAUCAGAUGUAAAUGAUAAUAGUCCAAUUCUCAUUUCUCCAUAUGAGUUUUAUGUUACAGAAAAUAAUGUCCCAGGCAAAUUUUUAUUUUCGUCUGCGACUGACAAAGACUCAAAUGAAAAUGCUAUAGUUAGCUAUCAAAUAUGGAGAGAAGGUAGUGAGGAAAACAAAUAUACGUCCUUCAUUAACAUUAACUCUGAAAAUGGGGAGAUUUAUGCUCUAAAGAGCUUUGACUUUGAGUCUGUGAAAAAGUUUCAGUUCCACGUCCUCGCCACAGACUCUGGAGCUCCGUCUCUGAGCAGUAACGUGACAGUGAACGUGUUCAUUCUGGAUCAGAACGACAGUCCAGUGAUCUUCUAUCCAGUCAGCGCUAACGGUUCUGCUGAGGGUGUGGAAGAGAUUCCUCGUAAUGUGAACAUGGGUCAUUUGGUGACUAAAGUCAGAGCCUAUGACGCAGAUAUAGGAUACAACGGCUGGUUAUUAUUUUCACUGCAGGAAGUUAGUGAGCACAGUCUCUUUGGUUUGGACCGCUAUACAGGACAGAUAAGGACCCUUCGCUCGUUCACAGAAACAGACGAGGCCCAGCAUAAACUGAUCAUACUGGUCAAAGACAAUGGGAACGUUUCUCUCUCAGCAACAGCGACUGUGAUUGUCAAAGUUGUGGAGCCCAAAGAGGCUUUUGCAGCUUCUGACGUGAAAAACGCAGUAAAAGACGAGGAGGAAAACAACGUGACAUUUUAUUUGAUCCUCACUUUGGGCUCGGUUUCGGUGCUUUUUGUCAUCAGCAUCAUCGUGUUGAUUGUAAUGCAGUGCUCUAAAUCCACAGACUAUUCGUCCAAGUAUUUACAGGAUACAAAUUACGACGGGACUCUGUGUCACAGCAUCCAGUACAGAUCUGGAGACAAACGGUACAUGUUAGUUGGACCCAGAAUGAGUAUCGGCUCUACUAUAGCACCAGGCAGUAAUAGAAACACUCUGGUGAUACCAGAUCGAAGGAGGAGAGAGUCUGGGGAGGUAAGACAAUGACUUGUGCAUCUGUGU